AUGGCUCUUGCUCCACGACAAGUGUCCAACACUGCAAUCAAUGAACCAUGGGAGACCAAUCGACGUUAUGGCAUUGUGAUUGACGCUGGGUCAUCUGGAUCGAGAGUCUAUGUGUAUUCCUGGAAGGACCACGACCAUGUAAAAUCCAUAUUAUCAGCCGAUGAUCUCAAGGGUAGCAUUCCUAUCGUGGAGCGAGGUGAUGAGCAUGGUCUUAAAUGGACUAGGCGUGAAGAGCCAGGUAUUUCCACGUAUGGAAGCCGACCACAAGAAGUGGGUGAACAUCUAAAGUUGCUCUUGGACUUUGCAAGUGAAGUUGUACCACCUGAACAUCAAUCAUCGACACCCGUGUUUCUCAUGGCAACAGCUGGCAUGCGACUCUUACCGGAUCAAGAGCGGAAUGCUGUAUUGAAUGCCACUUGCAGCUAUAUCCGAGAAGAGUAUCCAUUUCAUCUUCCUGAUUGUGGAGAGCACAUCCGAGUGAUUCCAGGCGAAUUGGAAGGCAUUUAUGGUUGGGUGGCAGUCAAUUACUUGAUGGGUGGAUUUGAUACCAGCAUUCAAGCCAUCACUGAAAAAGAAGAGAAGGAGAAUGAGAAUCAUCAUACAUUUGGAUUCCUGGAUAUGGGUGGUGCAAGUGCUCAGAUUGCAUUCGAACCAGAACAUCAUCAACGACAAGAACAUUUGGAUGAUCUCAGCCGCAUUUAUUUACAUACAUUGGAUGGCCGUCGAGUUGAGUAUGACGUCUUUGUAACGACCUUUUUGGGAUAUGGCAGCAAUGAAGCUCGACGACGUUACUUGGAAGAACGUGUACGACAAGCACAUGAACAACAAAUCAAUGAUGGAAAGAGUCGAAUGGAUGAACACCAUACAUUGCAUCUUGAUGACCCUUGUUUACCUUACAAUCUCACUUUGGCUGAUACCCACUCGACCAGUGUUCCUCUCACGCUCCAUGGUACUGGAUCAUUCAACGAAUGUAUCGAUGCAACAGCCCCAUUACUCAACAAGGAUGCUGAAUGCCCAACACAACCCUGUUUAUUCAAUGGAGUCCAUACACCCCAUAUUGAUUGGAGUGUGAACAAGUUUGUCGGCAUUUCAGAGUAUUGGUAUUCAUCCCAUGACAUUCUCGGUCUCGGUGGCGUUUACGAUUUUACAGAAUACGAGAAAAAGUCAACUGAAUAUUGUGCGACUGAUUGGGCUCAAUGGAUCGACACACACAAGCAAGUGGAUGCAUCAGAUAUCCUUCAUCACCAAAUGCAAUGUUUCAAAUCAGCAUGGAUCGUCAAUGUCUUGCAUGAUGGUAUUGGUAUCCCACGCAUCAAUGACCCUGCUCACAACAAUGCGGUCGAUGACGAAGACAUUUUCAAGCAAUCAGUGGAAAGUAUCGAAUCGAAGAAUUGGAACCCACCUUUCCAAAGCAUUGACACCAUCAACGACAUUCAAGUAUCAUGGACAUUGGGUGCGAUGGUGUUGCACGUGACCAAUCAGAUUCCUUUGGAUGGCACUGACAACAAGUAUCAUGAUACGGAUGACGAGGGGCCACAUGGUGGGAAUGGCGAAAGAGUGGCAGAUGGUGUCGAGUUGCCAAGCGAACUACCUCAUCAUCAUCAGCAUCCACCGCAAUUACCUGACAAUGCACAACAACUGCUUGGUGACAUGUCUCCUUCAUUCAACAACACCUUAGUAUUGGUGGCUAUGCUGUGCAUUGUCGCCUUUUUCUGGUGCUUGUACAAACGCACAGGACGAAAACGAAGAUCGAUGGAUGAGUCACGUUGGGAUGGUUUAUUGGGUGGAAACAAUGGGAGUGGAUCAUCAUCAUCAUCAUCAUCCCCUUACGUCAUUGCCAGUUCACUCGCUACAGGACUUUAUUCAACAUUUGCUUUACGUACUUGGGCAUCUCGAUUAUUACGCCACACAACAUCACCUCCUACACCUGCCAUGCCAACCACAGCAACAAUCAACGCUGCCAUGGCAACAACUCCCAACAUGGACAUGGCUAAUGAUCAGCUCUUAUUACCACCUACAACCAUAUCAUCAUCUGCAUUGAGCGAUAGCGUUGCCAUCAACAUGUCCUCCCCUUCGCAUAGUGCUACCAAUAGUCCAACAUUGCGUCCUGCAUUCUUUAGCCCGGCAUCACGUUCACAUAGUGCUACCAACAUUAAGGCACUCAACAAAAAACGUUACAGCGGUGAUAGUAACACAUCUCAUUUAUUUGCACCACCAACCACAGCAGACAAUGGAAGUGGUCGUUUACCCCUACGCAGCUCAUCCUCUGCCAUCAAUCUCGCCAACCGUGCCAACAUUAAUAGUACCAACAACAUGGACAGCUAG